AUGCCUGAUAUCCGGAAGCCGCAAUGCGACACCCGAACAUACAGUGCCUUUCAGCUUCCAAACGGACUACGCGCUAUUGUUGCAAGUGAUCCAGAUAAAUCUGUCGCUGCCGCAGCGGCCUUGUGCGUACUCGCCGGAAGCAUCCACGAGCCCAAAGAGAUACCUGGCCUAGCACACCUCUGCGAGCACAUGGUGUUACAUGGUACUCUCCAGCCAUGGGGUACCACUUUCUCCGAAUACAUCAAAGCACACGCAGGCCAACACAAUGCGGUGACGACGAUGCUGCAAACUUGCUUCGCUUUCGAGAUUCAGUCUGACAAGUUGGAUGGUGCUCUGCGACUGUUCUGUCGCUUCUUUGUUUCACCCAAAUUCUGCAGAUCCCAUCAGCAGCAGGAGUUGCGGGCUAUUGACUCGGAGCACAGCAUGAAUGCCCAGAGUGACUUUCGUCGGCAGUGGGCAGUUUUGUUGCAAGAUGCGAAUCCUCGGCAUCAGUAUCAUUGGGCCUCGGGCUGCAGCAAAUCUUUGUUGCAGGGAGCGCAGGCUGCAAACUGCGAUCUUCAUGAUGCCAUGGAAAAAUUUCACGAGUCCACUUACAAGGCCGGCCGCAUGACUUUGGCAGUGGUGGGCCCCCAGACGGUUUUGCAGCUUGAAGCUUUGGUACGAGCUUGUUUUGCCGCUGUCCCCUCGGGUUCCUCGGGGUCUCAGUCUCGGAUACCAUCCAAUGUGCUUAUCGGCGACUACGUGAGUGGCUGCGAGCCCGCAUUCUUACCAGAGGACUUCUGUGGCCAAGUAUUUAUCACGCCAUUGAAGGACCUGCACCAGUUGAAGUUGUCUUGGGGUCUGCCGUGGCAGAUUGCCCGGUGGAAGACCAAGCCAAGUGCCUAUGCAAGCUACUUGCUUGGACAGGAAGGACCUGGCAGCCUCUUGUCCGCCCUAAAGGCACGGAACUUGGCUCAGCACCUGUCGGUUGCAUGCUAUGACUACCAUGGUGUAGCAUCCACGCUGGAGUUGUCCCUGGACUUGGUCAAUGCCUACGAGCAGACAAUUCUGGAAGCGGGUGAACUCGCAUUUGCGUUCAUAUCUAUGCUUCGCUCGUCAGGUGUGCAGACAUGGGUGUUGGAGGAGUACAGGCACUUGCAGCAGUUGAACUACAAUUUCCAGUUUGACACCUCAACCUACAGCCUCGUGCAGGACCUGGCCUGCAAUCUCCACUACUACCCGGUUGAAGAAGUCUUGGGAGCUGACAGUCUGCUAUACGACCAGGACGCAGAAGCGUCAAUGGGCAUUCUGAGCCACAUGACGGUCGACAAUGCCCGCCUUUCUCUAUUGUCCAAAACCCUUGAGUCUCUUUGUUCCUCUCAAGAGCCCUGGUAUGAGGCCCGGUUCAUGAAGCUUCAGAGCAUCAACGCGUCCUGGAAGGCCAAGUGGCAAGGCGUCGAGUCGGGUUUGUGGCAGCCGGUUGCGCAGCAAGCGGGCCUUUGCCUUCCGCAUCGCAACAGCUUCCUGCCGGUCGAUUUCGAGCUACGUCCAGUUCCACCCAGAACUACGGCUCAUGAGAUCGAAGUGCCGCAAGACUGGUGCCGGGCAUGGCUACGUUCAACAACUGCAAACCAACAACCCAAGGUAGCAGCCACCUUCUGUUUGCGUUCGUUUCAGCUUUCCACAAGUACUGACAUUGCUUUGGCGCAUAUUUUCUGCAAGUGUGUGGAGCAGUCGUUCAGAGCAGAAGCCUUCGAGGCCAGAAUGGCAGGUGCCAUGUUCAAGCUUGACGUGGUAGACAGCUGCUUUUUGUUACAAUUCCUCGGAUUCCGAGACAAGAUGGCGCUGUUGGCAAGGGCGGCAGCCAGCUCGCUCUUCACCAUGAGCCAGAUAUUGCCAGAAACGUUUCUGCAAGCCAAGGCACAGCAGGAGCGGGCCUUCAAGAAUGCAGCCAGUGGCCAGGCGUACAGUCAGGCCCUAGCAGCGCUGGAAGACCUACUCUUGCAGCGUCCAUCAGCUGCCGACAUGGCGAAGGCAGCCCAGCAGCUCCACGCAGCAAAAGCCUGCCAGCUUCCACUGAAGUUCUUCGGACCCGGGUCUUGCCUGCUCGAAGCCCUGAUCAUCGGCAAUGUGAACAAGGCCGAUGCCAAACAGCUGCUCGAGGCUGUGACAGAUCCCCUCGCAGAGCUGCGGGCGGGUGCCGGCCAGGUUGAGGCUGCGCCGGUUGCGGUCGUGCCGGUUGCGGCGGUUGCGCCGGUUGCAGAGGUGGAGGUACCUGCAAAGGUGGAGCUUUUGGUACCACGGUCGCUCGGAAGAACCAUCUUGAAGCUCGACGGCCAAGCUGCCGAGGAUGCCAACAACUGUGCAGUGGAAUGCCUCUGUAACAUUGCGACCGCUACGCCCGAGCAUGAAGCACUUGCAUCUGUUUUGGUCUCCAUUUGGAAGCCAUUGUUUUUCAACGAACUGCGAACCCAACAGCAACUGGGCUAUGUCGUCUCAUGCUUUAUGCGAAUCCGUGUGACGCACAUCUCUUUGGUCUUCCUGGUGCAGACGGAGAGGAUGCCAGAAAUUGCCCUCAAGAGCAUUGACAAGUUCUUCGUUGAAAAGGCCUUCACGCACAUCCUCUGCGUGGUCACGGAGCGCCAGUUCCGGGAGCAGUGCGAGGGCAUUGCUCGUCAGUUGGAGGAAGCUCCUCGUAACCUGUGGGAGGCGAUGAGCCGUGACUGGCUCCCCAUUGAAGAACGGACCUUCUCCUUUGAUGCCUGUGCACGACAGGUGGCGAUGUUGCGCUCAUGCACCCUCAACCAGCUGAGGGCCUUUGUGAAGGAGAAGGUCCAGCCGUCACCUCGUCUGGCGGUUCUCUUGCGAAGCCCGAAGCUCGCAUGGCAGCGAGCCGACCAUGAUUGGGGCACUGCCAGGAUUCUCACAAAGUGGGGGCUGGCGAGCUUCCAGGCAGGGCUGGAACCCAGCUUUGGAAACAAGCUGUUCGGUAAAGUCCAAGAAGAAGUACGCCCUUCUGAAGGGAAGGCUCCGACAGGUAUCCCAGCAAUCGAUGAAGAUGAGGUCGUGGUGACAGCUGUUCUCCAUGAGGUCAUGCAGCUGCGGGAUCUGGCAACAACGAUCCAGACCCAAUUGUUGGAGGAUCACUAUUCCACACUCGGAGUGGCGGUUGAUGCCAGUCAAGCCGAGAUCACCACAGCUUUCCGUCGCGCAACCAACAAGCUAAGCUCGAAGCAGCAAGCUGACACCUUGCAAAGAAGUCGGGCAAAGCUCAAUGCAGCUUACGACACCCUAUCUGGGCUCGCAUCGCGAGCUGCGUACGACAAGAGGAGGCAGCUUGUAAUGCUAGCGAGCUUCAUCUUGAUCGCCACCUUUGUGAGCGUGCCUGCAGUCGUGCUCCUUUACUUCUGCAGCAAGGUGUUGACCGUGCGCUCUCGUCAAGAUCUGGAUCCUCAGAGCUUCACAGGUCAGGUCAACACGAGUCUUCAGAACAUGGAGCUGGCCUUCGAGGUGGAGAUCGAAAAGGGCCCAGAUUCGCGUUUGGGAGCACAGCUGAUGCCCGUUCAGCACGAAAGGAUGCUGCAAAUCUGCAGUGUUUCUGAUGAUGGUCUCAUUCAUGACCACAACCUGAAGGUGAGCCAGGAUAGCCACGACACUGUUGGCAUCUCGCCGGCUGGAAUGCUCUGGUGGCAUGUGCCGUUGCUUCGGGAGAGUGACAUCAUCGAGUCUGUCAACGGAAAGACAGGGGCUACAAACAUGAUGAAUGAGCUGAAGUCGUGUGAACGGCUUUCUUUGUGCCUUCGCCGACGUCUGGUCGGCGGCGCUUCAGUGCUUCCUUUGCUUUUUGAGGAGAGGCUGAGUCGCCGUGAGGACGAGAGGUGGGGAUGCAACCUUGUGGCUCCUUCGGACAAGAGUGACAGCUUGGAGGUUGUGGAUGGUGCAGGGGCAGCAUUCCCAUCGGACAAGGCAAGCCCAAGUCUGACGCUUCGUCCUGGGGAUCGCAUCGUAGCUGCAGCCUCGGUGGUCGGUUCAAGAAUGCUGGACACUUUGCGUGACGACGCGCUGCUGUCUGUGAGCCUACUGGUGGUUCGUGGCGUGCUGGUGCCCCCUGGGCUGAUCCAAUCUUCUCCCAAGGAGGUGUCGUGCGGGCCACUUCGAAAAGGAGAGGGACAGAAACUGGGCAUUCGAAUCGGGCACUGCUUCGAAAGCCCUCCUGCGCACGGGAUCCUUCUUGGACCUGGCUGUGCCAGCUCCAUGGUCGUCAAGGAGGUCGUGCGUGGUCAUCUUGUAGAUCAAUGGAAUCAGCAGCAGGCGACCUCUGGUGGUGACACAUUGCUUCCGAGCUGCGUGAUUGUGGCUGUGAACGGUCGGCGUCAAUCCCAAGAGUUCACCAAAGAGCUGGCGAAGCCUGUUGUCACCAUUGUGUUCCGGCCCUUGCUGGCUGAGCUUGUCAAGACUGAGUCUCCAGAGUUUGUGGAGCCGACCGAGCCGACCAAGGUCCAAGAGCCGGCCAGUGAAAGCUCCAACCACGCGAGAACCCUGCACCUCAACAUCGACGAGGAGGCUCUUCGACCGUGGCCUGCAGCAGCUCUGCGCCGCUGGGCACCGCGUUGGCUGCUUCCGCGUCCUUUCGAGGAGCGCCUGCGGGACAGGCUUCGCCAUCUGCGGUGCGAGUUCUGCGUUUGCAUCGAAAGACCGGCUGAUGAGUCACUGCGCCUAGGACUACACCUUCAGCACGACCGGGAAGGCCUGCAGGUGCUGGAGGUUGCCGAGGGCGGCCUGGUGGCGAACCACAACCUGGCAAGUUCCGGAGAAACUGGCGUGCGCUGCGGCGACUGGUUGGUUGCUGUUGGCAGCACCACCGCCCCAGCUGCAAUGAUGGAGCAACUUGCAAAGCCAGGGCAGAAUGAUCUCGAGCUCCGGUUCGCACGGCCAGCCGCGAAAUCCGCUCCUGGCGUGUGGGAAAUCGACUUGAGGAGGGGUGUGAACGAAGGCUGGGGCCUGGAGUUGUCUGAAGUCAUGAUGACCACUCCAGCUGGGCCACGAAGUGCCGGUGUCCUCCGGGUGCAAAGGAUCGCUGAGGAGGGUGCACUGAGCCAGUGGAAUGGAUGCCAAUCCGUGCAGUGGCGUGUGGAGCCUCAUGACCUGCUCGUUGCCUGUGAGCCGGAGGUGGACCCAAAACGGGUUCUGCAAAGGCUUCGCGAGGCACGGGAAGCCAGGUUAACACUUCUCAGAUGGCACAAAGGUGCUGCUCCUGAGCCCGAGGCCCUGGCUUCUGAGCCCACCAGGACCAGCUUCGAGGUCGUCAUCUCAAGGACAGGCGCAGAUCGCCUGGGGCUGCGCUUGCAGCCGUGUUCGCGCGAUCCUACGCGCACACUGGUUGCGGAGGUGGUGCCGGACAGUUUGGUGGACAGACACAACAAGGCUUCGCCCGAGAAUCAGAUCAUGGAAGGAGAUGAGGUGGACUCGGUCAAUGGCGAGGGUGAUCCCAACAGAUUUGCCCACUGCUGUUCACAGUCAACGAUUGUUUUCAGAGUGACCCGCCGCUCCAAAAGGCGCAGUGGAGGUGCUCAUCAGAUAGCGAGCCAGGAGGAGACAGGAAGCAAAAGUCUUCCAGAAGCAGGCCAUACAGUUUCAGAGGUGCAGCAGGCAUCGGCCCGUCUCCAAAACAGCGACGCAGCCGAAGUCGCCGGCGACGAGGAAGAAGCGGACGAGGCCGCGGAGGCCGAGGAGGUCGAGGAGGCCGCGGAGGCCGAGGAGGCCGAGGAGGCCGCGGAGGCCGAGGAGGCCGCGGAGGCCGAGGAGGCCGAGGAGGCCGAGGAGGGGGCGCCCCCUCCGGAGGAGACACAGGAGCCCUGUGAGGUGUCUCCACCAGGGCCUGUGGACACUGCUUCGCCUGGUUCGCUGUGUGCGAACGAAGGCGCGCCUAGCUCGACACCGAGGCGCCAGCUGCCCGCUGACCCAGACCACGGCGAGUACAUUCUGGCACGGCACCCUGAGGCACAGCGCGAAGAAGCCGAAACAGGGAAGGUGCCCCUUCAGCCGAGGGUGCUGGGAACUGCAACUGCCUGCAUGAAGGCGAGAGAGUCCUCUUCUCGAGAGCUCGCGUCACUACUUUUGCUUCCACCAGCGACGGUGGCGACGGCACUCGCCUCGCUGGGUGCCGGCCUGGAUGGACCCUCGCGCCAACGCUUCCAGGCUGGCCUCAGCUGCUUGCAGGACCUGUCGGGCUCCAUGCAGGAGCUCUUGGCUGACAUGGCUGACGGGAAGAGCGCGCGGAUUUAA